AGAGAUUGGCAUUGAUAUUGUAUUUUCUAAAAUUUGGUAGCCUUGCGAGAGUUGUCACCACGUGAAUGGAAUUCUUGCAUUUUCUAACCUAAAAGGAAUUGUUUUUCGUAAACUAAACAAGUAAUUCACUUUAUUCUUUACAAAUAAUCAAAGAAAGCACACUUUUUUUAACAUAAUGGCUGAAGCAAUGCGUCAAACAGUGGCUGGUAUGCUGAAAGGUAUUGAAAGAUAUAAUCCUGAUCAUUUAGCAACACUUGAAAAAUAUGUGGAAAUACAAUCAAGGGAAAAUGCAUAUGAUUUAGAGGCAAACUUGGCAGUUUUAAAAUUAUACCAGUUAAAUCCACAUAGAUUUAACAUGGAUAUUACAUGCCAGAUAUUGUUGAAGGCUUUAACUAAUCUUCCACACACUGAUUUUGUUUUGUGUAAAUGUCUCCUGAAUGAGAGAAUUAUGGUGGAAACACCAAUUAGCCACAUUAUGUACUUAGGAGAUAUUUUAGAACAGUGUGAUUUUCAACAUUCGUGGAACAAAAUUCGGGCUAUGUCUGAUGUUUGUGAUAGAAUUGUUGGAUUUCAAGAUUCUAUAAGGAAAUUUGUUUGUCACGUAGUAGGAAUCACUUUCCAGACAAUAGACAAAAGCCUUUUAGCACAACUUCUUGGUGGUGUUGAUGAUACCACCCUGAAACAUUGGGUAAAAAAAUAUGGAUGGAAAGAAGAAGGUAAAUCUAUAAUUUUUAUAGCCAAUCAGGAUGAGAAUAUUAAAACUAAAAAUAUUACAGAGAAAAUUGAUUUUGAAAAUGUUGCUGGUUUAAUGGCUGCUUGUCUUUAAACAUUAUACAAAGUGUAACUAAUUUUCAAUAAUCUUUUUAUAAACAAAAUAAAAAACUUAAAUUAUUUUAUUUUUA